AUGGCAAACGGAAGCAGGUUUGGCAACACUGUGCAUAUCGAUGACAAAGCGACCUCACCGGCAUCUGUCCGUUUACGGGACACGCAAAUGCGCAGUCCGACUUCGAGCAAUGGCACUCCCAUGUUCUGGCAAGGACGGAAUGAUGGCUUCGAGGGCUGGUUACGCCAUACGGCCCCGGCAGAAAUCCCAUGCCACACCACCCAGAGCCCGUUCGUGAACGACCCUACCUUGGCUCCUGAGCUCUCUUUCGACGACAUGGACCUCAACGCCAUGCUUCAGGCACCCAGCAACGUACCUACAUCAUUAUGUGCACCACAAGAUGUGACCUUUCAAGCCGAGUCCUCGAUGGACAACAAGCGAACAGCUUCAAAUGUUAUGGACGAGAAGGCAUAUGAUGCUGGUGAGCACUGGGACUAUGACUUCCCGAGAUAUGCUGCGGAGCAUCUGGAUAUUUUGACCUCGUCUGCAGACGUACAAGCAACGUCAGGGCUCGAGCUUUCCGAUGUCGAUCUUGGAUUGGCAUCAGCACAAGAUGCGAUGAGCCACAAUUUAAUGUCGGUCGACCCGUUUUUAUCUGGGUCACCUGGGUUCCCUGGCAGUCAAUUUGGGAUCUUGGAUGAGACCCCGGCGUUUACAAUGGACUAUAUCUCUCCCACACCGCAAUAUCGCGGAGCUGACGCAUCUUUCCCUUCGCCCUAUAUGCCACAAUAUCCUGACCCGGAAGAUUUCAGCACUCCAGUCUCCUCAACGCCCGGCCUCACCAGCGCUUCCACGACACCGAGUGGACAUCAAGGCGUCAGAUGUGCACAGCGUGACACGUCCAAAGACGCGCUUCUGGUGAGACUGCGUCAAGAUGGGAAAUCAUACAAGCAGAUCAAGGAGACUGGGGGGUUCGAAGAAGCGGAAUCGACCCUCAGGGGGAGGUAUCGCACCCUGAUAAAGCCUAAAGAGGCACGUGUCAGAAAGCCUGAGUGGCGAGAGCGGGACAUCCAAUUCCUGUUGCAGGGCGUUACACACUUCUCGAACUCGAAUCCUAUUUCUCUCGGGGCGUGGCAUGGUCUUGAUGCAGAUGCCAUUCGCCAAUUUACCAACAAAAUACCCUGGAAGCAAGUCGCUGAGUGGAUGGAGGAUCAGGGAACCUACAAAUUCGGAAACUCUACGGUCAAGAAGCAAUAUCUCGCCGAACUGAAGAAACGAGGUGCUCCGGUAUGA